CAAGCUCCCUCCGCGGUCUUUGACGCCGUCAACAACAGUUAGCCAGACCACCAUGGACGACGACGGCGGCGGCAUUCUCAAUAUUGAGCUCUCAGACACCGAGGAUGUCAUUGAGAAGCAGGCCAACCGCACCGGCCAGUCCGAGGCUGAGUUCCAGGCCGUCAAGGCCGACUACAAGGCCAAGGUAGAAAACGGCGAGAUAUUCAAGACAAUCAGUCUGCCUCUGGCCCCUGGGGCCGGCAAGAUGGCUCUCCAGCAAGUCGUUCACGCCAUCGAGGAGCUCUACUACUUUCGUCGCUACCAGGAAGCGCUCGACUUCAUCAAGACGCUCACUGAUGACGGCAGUCAACGAGCCUUUGAUCAGGACACGCGCAACCUUGUUGACAACUACGAAGCCAGAUGUUAUCGAAAGUUGAAUCCAUCCAGUUGA